AUUGUGUACUAAGGACAUUUUUUAGAGCAAUUUCAUGAAGAAUUCACUGUCGUUUGUAAUCUUUUUGUAGGUUUACAACGUCUGUUCAAUCGCGUUUAUCACCCCAUUUCUAUUUAGGCUGGACAUUCCGCUCCCUGACCUGUAGUGCUACUGCCCGUUGGUCCAAAGACUUACGGGUUUGUUAGUUAUGAGAAUUUUACCGUUGGUUUCUUUUUUGGUUGGGGCAGCCAAUGCCAAAGCAGUUACACCGGACUGCCAGCACGCAAGUGCUCUAAAGCAGCCUAGGAUCAGCGUCAGUGAAACAAAGCUAUGGGCAUCCAUCGGUAGAUUUGGCCACUCACUUUUAAAACAAACUGCUUUGAGUGAAAACACCGGAGAAAAUGUUUUGAUUUCCCCGCUUUCCGUUCACUCAGCGCUGUCUAAAGUCGCGUUAGGUGUUAGCGGUUCCGGCAAGCAGCAGUUGCAGAAAGCAUUACAUACCGAUGCAAUAAAAGAUGCGGAGUUGGUAAGAACGUACUCGAGGUUCAUUUCACGGCAGGACAACGAUACGGACAAGUUCAUCAUACGACUGGCUAAUCGGCUAUACGUCAAUAAAAGCGUAUCAGUGGUUCAAUCAUAUGUUGACCUGGUGAACAAGAAUUUCCAUGCGGAAGUUGCAAAUGUGAACUUCGCUAUUGACGGGGAGCGUAUCCGAAAGGGGAUCAACGAAUUCGUCUAUAAUAAAACGCAUCGUCUGAUCCCGCACAUCUUACAAAAGCCGUUACCGAAUGACACGAUGAUGGUUCUCCUUAACGUGUUAUAUUUUAGGGGUAAAUGGGCGAACCCGAUGGGCGCAGAAAUACGCUCACUAGCGUUUAAUAGGCAUUGUGAUCAAUUUAAAAAAAUGCACAAAGAAUGGAUCAGUGCACGCCUAACGAUACCGUAUCUGUUGUCGACGAAGCUUCAGGCUCAGCUGUUUAGUUUGCCGUACGAAUCAACCGGUGAUUAUACAACGAGUCUUCUAAUCAUUAUGCCGAUGGAAGAUCACAGCUGCAGUAUCAAAAAAUGGCUACAUAGUAUCAGCUGGAAUAAUAUGCGAAAGGAAAUAGGACGAAUGGCAUAUGAAGAUGUGUAUUUUAAAAUGCCACGUUUUGAGGUAGAUUACCGCACAGAAAUGAGAGAUGCGCUCGGUGCAAUGGGCAUCAAUGGGUUUUUUGAAAAACCCGAUUUCUCCGGUAUGAUAUCAACAAAUCAACAACAAAAUAUGACUAUUCUCGUCUACAAAGUCAUCCACCAAAUGAAGUUGAUUGUAAACCAGUAUGGAAUUGAGGCAACUGGUACAUCGGUCGCGCAGGUGAUGCCCGUUUCGAUGCCAAAAGUUGAUGUGACAAUUGAUCGGUCAUUCUACAUGGCAGUAUUGUAUAAACAUAGGGAAUCGAAUAUGACUUUGCCUAUAAUUUCCAGUCUCAUUGUAGAUGUCUAAGAAGAAACUACUUACAAGCUACAAGCUUACUUACAACUUAUGUUUUGCUUUAGUAAUAAAAGUUCCAAGUUAUUGAUAUUUGGCGAAAUUAUUGAAAUAACGCAUCGUAGUAUCAAGGGUCGACACAGCCUGACAACGCUUGGUAGACAAGGAAGGCUAAUUCAAGGGUACGCAGGAACAUAAACUAUCAUGACAUCGAGCUUUUUGGUUCCAAUAAAUA